AUGUCCAAUGGCCUCCAGUUUAGCGGGGGCGAGACCUCGCUGGAGAUUGCCCGCCGACAAAGCUAUCAAGUAGCGCCGCUGGCCGGCCACAAGCGGGCAGCAGCGACCAACGCGCCAUAUAAUGGAGACGAUGUAUUAUUGGAGUCGAUGCCGUUGGAGGCUGCUCGAGCCUCGUCUCCCCCCUCAGGUCGCUUUUCCGCCAGCAGGAUCCAUCCGGGCCCCGGCGAACAACGCGAGAACCAACAGCGAGCCACGCCAGUCGCAGCAGCAGCGCCCGGGUCCAGUAAGAACCCGCUGUUGUUGCUAUCCAAUCCGCGAUACGGCCUGCCGCCAGCGCUGACGGCCAAUUUUGCGGCCUUGGGUGUCAACCGCAUCUAUCCCUGGCAGGCCUCGUGCUUGCUGGCGCGCGGCUUGCUCUCGGGGGAGCGGCAUUUGGUCUACACUGCCCCCACGGGUGGAGGCAAGUCGCUCGUGGCCGACGUGCUGCUCCUCAAGCGGGUGAUUGAGAAUCCCACGCGCAAAGCCAUCCUGGUCUUGCCCUAUGUCGCCCUCGUGCAAGAGAAGCUCAAAUGGCUGCGCCACAUUGUUGAGAAUGUCGAGAAGCACCUCCCCGCCCAGGAUGAGGAUGACCACUCGUUCCCUCCUCGCAAAUGGAAAAAAUUGGAGAAAUCCAUUCGCGUCACUGGAUUCUUUGGCGGCAGUCGGACCACGGCCACGUGGGCGGAUACCGAUAUUGCCGUUUGUACGAUCGAGAAAGCCAAUUCAUUGAUCAACUCCGCCAUCGAGGAGUGUAGCAUCGGGGAUCUGGGUGUGGUUGUGUUGGAUGAGCUCCAUAUGCUCGACGAUGAGCACCGCGGAUACCUCCUGGAAUUGAUGGUGACGAAACUCCUGCUCCUUCAGCAGGAUAUCCAGAUCGUGGGCAUGAGUGCCACCCUUUCCAAUACUGAGAUGUUGGCACAAUGGAUCAAUGCCAAGUUUUACAUCUCGAACUAUCGCCCGGUUCCAAUCGACGAAUAUCUGGUCUAUGAAAAUGCCAUUUAUCCAGCCGCGACAUCUAGACAGCUAUUCCAGACAGCAUCGAAAUUGACGACAGCGAUGUCGACGUCGUUGCAUAACACUAUACCCCCGCAGAGACUCAUCGACCCAUCCUCAUUCAAGGAACUCAGCAAUGCCGCCACAAACGCCAUGGUCGCCUUGGCGGUGGAAACUGCUGCCGGUGGCUACGGGGCACUGGUAUUCUGCGGCAGUCGCCAGGGUUGCCAGAUUCACGCAGCGACGAUAAGUGAAGCCAUGCCCAGUCCAGCCGAGACAGAUGAAUUGGGCAAACGGCUGGAUCUUCUGGCUGAGCUGCGCAGUCUCUCGUGUGGAUUAGACCCGGUUCUGCAGAGCACCAUCAUCAAGGGGACGGGUUUUCAUCAUGCUGGCAUGACAACCGAAGAACGGGAGCUGAUCGCGCACGCGUACGACCAUGGCGUGCUCCGAGUCCUCGUGGCCACAUGCAGUCUCGCGGCGGGUGUGAAUCUCCCAGCCAGACGAGUAAUCAUCAACGGUGCACGAAUGGGUCGGGAACUGGUAGGCCCCGCAAUGCUGCGACAAAUGUGCGGACGCGCAGGACGCAAAGGGAAGGACGACGCCGGCGAAACGUAUCUGAUAUGCGUGAAAGCCGACCUGGAAGCUGUGUGUGAUUUGUUAGAUGCCGAUAUGCCCGCUAUCGAGAGCUGUCUGGCUCCUGAAAAGAGAGGACUGAAGAGAGCACUGUUGGAAGCCAUCGCGACGGGGUUGGUUUCCGGAUGCGAGGCGAUCAAAGAAUACGUCCGAUGCACGCUUCUCUGGCGCACACUGGACAAAAAGCUUGUGUACAGUAUCAUGAAAUCUGCGCUGCAGGAACUAAUCGAUGAGCAGCUUCUGGUUCUCAAAGAGGACGAGGCCUACGAGGCAACACAACUAGGCCAGGCAGUCGUGGCCUCAGCCUUCUCCCCCGAAGAUGGCCUUUUCGUACACGAGGAACUCAAGCGCGCUCUCCGGGCUUUCGUGAUGGACGGGGACCUGCACGUCUUCUACAUGUUUACCCCAUUGCAAGCAACCACAGGCAUGCCCAUCGACUGGCAAAUCUUUCGAGACCAGCUGGACCGCCUGGACGAGAGCGGCCUUCGCGCGUUACAGUUUAUAGGCGUCCAGCCUGGCUUUGUGAAUACCAUGUCUGUCUCCAUCACCGUGUCUUUUCUUUUUAAUAUGAACCGAAUCCUAAUCCCCGAUAGGGUCCAAUCCGGCGCCUCGCUCAAAGAGACCACCCCCGAACAAUUCAACCAAGCCCGCAUCUACCGCCGCGCCUACACAGCUUUCCAGCUCCGCGACAUAAGCAACGAAGUGCCCCUCUCCACCAUCGCACAGCGCUAUCGCAUCCCGCGCGGCACCGUCCAGACGCUGGCGCAGCAAUGCCACGGCUUCGCGGCGGGGAUUGUCAAGUUUUGCCAGCGCAUGAACUGGGGUAUGCUCGCCACCGUGCUGGACCAUAUGCGCGAUCGGCUUGAGGCAGGUGCGCGCGCGGACUUGUUGGAGAUGGCACAGGUUACUUAUGUGAAGAGUUGGACGGCUCGGUUGCUGCGCGAUAAUGGGUUCCCGAAUUUGCGUGCGCUAGCUGAGGCCAACCCUAAGGAUUUGGUUCCUGUUUUGAUGAUGGUCAACCCGCGCAAAACACGAGAAAGUCAGCUCUACCCUACCGAAGCGGAGAGAUAUUCUGCGAAACUGCUGGCUAAAGCCGAGACGAUUGUCGGAUCGGCCACCAAGAUCUGGGGCUCAAAGGCUAUCCAUAUUCGACUGAGCCAGCAUCAGCUGCCCCUGAUCCACAAAGUCACAAAGCACAACAUUCGGUGCACGGCCAUACAAGCCCUCGCAGAGCGCUGCGUUAGCUCCAAUACUCCCUUCGCCCACCGCGGCGUUAGUGUGGGCAGCGGCGUCGCGGUCCGGAAUAUCAAUACCGGCGAUGUCGAGAUCGAGGUAAUGGUUGAUGAGAUACAUUCGGCCAUCAGCGGACGCACCGGGUGGUCGGUCGAUGCUGCAGUUCGAGAAGGAGGCGUCGGUCACGUCCUGUCCACCCCCCGCGGCGGAGAAGGUAUCACCAAACUCGGAGAUGUCGACAUUGUCACCAUUCGUCAAGAGGAGGGUCAAGACCUCGUUCGGGUUCGCAUCGAGCCAGCUCUUGAUGGUCUCCAGCGUGCCUGCAUCUUCGAGCCAGCAGGAGGUGUGGCACAGCUCCAGGACGCUGUCAUCCGUGAUGGAGUGGUGGGUUUGGGCUUGCAGGUACCGGAUGCCCAUAUCCAGCUGCGCGGUAAUGUUGAUAUUCUGAUUCUGCUGGGGCAGGGACCCGACGAAAGCCGAGUCGUGCGAGCCCACAAAGGUUAUGUUCGAGUAGGACCGAUUACAGAAGUCGGCAUUGCCGUUGCAGACUCCCGUUGCGGACGGGGAAGGUGA